ACACACUCCACAUGAGUUCACAUCACACACACAACUAGGAAGAAAGACAUCUUCCUUUCUCUUUGUUUUUUCUGUCUUCUUCUUCGUUGAGGCCGUGGUCAUGGCAAAAAGGCAGAUCUUUGUAUCCAUGGUCUUUGUUUUGCUUGUUGGGCUGGUUGGUGCAAACGAAGAAGAAGAAGCUGACAGGAUAUUACAACUUCCUGGGCAGCCUAAGGUCUCUUUCCAACAUUUCUCAGGCUAUGUCACUGUUAAUCAUGCUGUUGGCAGAGCCCUCUUUUACUGGCUCACCGAGGCUGUCCACGACCCCUUAUCAAAACCCUUGGUUGUGUGGCUUAAUGGAGGCCCUGGCUGCUCUUCUGUGGCAUAUGGUGCAUCCGAAGAAAUUGGUCCAUUUAGAAUAAAUAAGACGGCCUCAGGUCUGUAUCUCAACAAGUUCUCAUGGAACAAUGUAGCAAACCUCUUGUUCUUGGAAACUCCGGCGGGGGUCGGCUUCUCUUACAGCAACAGGACAUCUGAUCUUCUUGAUACCGGUGACCGCCGCACUGCCAGGGACUCCCUGGAAUUCCUUAUACGCUGGCUGGAUCGUUUCCCACGUUACAAGCACAGAGAAGUCUAUCUCACCGGGGAGAGUUAUGCUGGCCAUUAUGUUCCUCAGCUGGCUAAAGAAAUUAUGACCUACAAUAUACAAUCGAAACAGACGAUUAAUCUGAAAGGAAUUAUGGUUGGAAAUGCAGUCACAGACAACUACUAUGAUAACCUAGGGACAGUGACAUACUGGUGGAGCCAUGCCAUGAUCUCCGAUAAAACAUACCGGCAACUGGUCAACACAUGUGAUUUCAAGCGACAGAAGGAAUCGGACGAAUGCGAGUCAUUGUAUAAUUAUGCCGUGGAUCAAGAAUUUGGUUACAUUGAUCAAUACAACAUUUAUGGACCCCGUUGCAACAGUACUUCUGGUGGUACCAGUACCGGUACUCGCCAUACCAUGAGAUUGCCUCACCGACCCCGUCCGAUUUUCCGGCAAAUGUCAGGGUAUGAUCCUUGUACUGAGAAAUAUGCUGAGAUUUACUACAAUAGGCCGGAUGUGCAGAAAGCACUCCACGCCAAUACAACCAAAAUUCCUUAUAAGUGGACUGCUUGCAGCGAGGUUUUGAACCGAAAUUGGAACGACACAGAUGCGUCUAUUCUUCCAAUUUAUAGGGAAAUGAUAGCAGGUGGUUUGAGAAUUUGGGUGUUUAGUGGUGAUGUAGACUCAGUGGUGCCAGUUACGGCCACCAGAUAUUCCCUUGCUCAGCUCAAAUUAGAAACCACAAUUCCAUGGUACCCUUGGUAUGUUAAUAAGCAGGUGGGAGGCUGGACAGAGGUGUAUAAAGGGCUAACAUUUGCAACAGUGAGAGGGGCAGGCCAUGAAGUCCCACUUUUCAAGCCCAGAGUAGCCCUUGAGCUAUUCAAGUCAUUUAUUAGAGGGGAGCCUCUUCCAAAGUCUUGAGAAAAAAAGAUGUCUUUCCCAUUUAAUUACAUGAACUUCUUCUAAUUCUGUACUGUUGUUGGUAUAGAGAAAGAAAUGUCAUUUUUAAUGGCUAGGAAACAAAUAGAUCAAAACGAUGUUGGGAGAGAGUUGAUCAGAUCACAGCCGUACGUUUGAACAUGCAAAUACAAAAAGGCAAAUGUAUUGGAAGCAUCAAGGUUUUGUUUG